AAGGCAAAAAGUGCAAUCCAGUUCAACUAAAAAGAACAGAUCUCCCGUAUUAGUCCACGUGUUGGGGUGUGAGUUCAAUUUGCGAGAAAAAUUGCUGUAAAUACUAAUGGUAUAUGCUGUAGUUCUUUGUUUAAGUAAAACUGAAGUUUCAUAACUCAAUUAUUUUUUUUUAUUAUUGAUAUACAUUAUUUUGUGGGCAUCUGUGAACGAUACUGAUAUAACCUGAACAUGUCUCAAGAUACUCAACCAAUAUCUGCUUAUGCCAUGCAUAAACGUAAAACAGAACAAUCGCAGAAUGGGUCUAAAAGAAUGAAGCGACAGCACGUAUCACAAAAUAUCGUAGCAUCUAAUCAAAAUCACAAUGUGAAGAAGACUGGAAAACAAAUAACAAUGAAAAAGAAUCAGAUCAAUGGUAAAUGUACUUUCAACGCUGCUGGGAAACUUAAAAGAAAUAUUGUUACCAGAAACUUAAGUACUACAAAAUCUAAGAAAGGAAAUAAGAAGAACAGUUCUGAUAUAACACAACUAAAGAAUACCAAGAAGCAACAGCAAAGUUACAUGCUAAAUGGUGAAAAGAACGAUGAAAACAAAGUGAGCCCUCCCUUCAAUCCUAUUAAAGAGUGUAUGAACAUAUUUGAGUGGUUGAUAUGUCCUGUCCAAGUGCAAGACUUUCUCACGAACAAUUUUGAGAAGCGUCCAGUGCAUAUACAAAGGAACAAACCUUCUUAUUACUUAAACCUUGUGUCAACAUCUUUAUUGGAUGAAGUAUUGAGGGAAAAGAAUGUCUUUUUUACCAAAAAUAUCGAUAUCACCUCUUACACCAAUGGAGUGAGAGAAACUCACAAUCCACCUGGUCGUGCUGUUGCUAAUGCUGUUUGGGACUAUUACAUGAACAAGUGUUCUGUGAGGAUGUUGAAUCCUCAAACGUUUAUACGUGAAAUAUACAUAUUGAAUGCUACUCUUCAGGAAUACUUUGGCUGCUUCGUCGGUUCCAAUUUAUACCUCACACCACCUGGUAGUCAAGGUUUUGCGCCCCAUUAUGACGACAUAGAAGCAUUCGUAUUGCAAGUCGAAGGCAAAAAGAGAUGGCGACUGUACAGGCCUCCUAACAAUAGCUAUUUAGCGAGAUAUUCCUCUAGGAAUUUUAACGAGUCGGAAAUCGGAGAGCCUAUACUGGAUACAAUCCUUCAGGCAGGAGAUUUGCUAUACUUUCCACGAGGGACCAUUCACCAGGCUGAAACCGCCGACGAUACUCACAGUUUGCACAUUACAUUGAGUGUAUAUCAGAAGAACAGUUGGUAUGACUUUCUCGAGAAGCUGCUCCCGCUAACCUUGAAGCGGGCAGCCGAAACCAACUACAAUUUUCGCACAGGACUGCCUUUCGAUUAUUUGAGAUAUAUUGGCACCGCGCAUACCUCGAACAACGAGAAAGCUAGAAAAAACUUCGAGAAGAAGAUGAAGACUUUUCUCAGGUUGUUGGUAAACUAUGUCGAUAUAGACGACGCGGCCGAUCUGAUGGCAAAAAGUCAUAUCCACGAUUUUCUGCCGCCUGCACUCACUUUGGAGGAGCAAGAAUGUUCGGUGGCCCAAGACGGCGAUAUUAUGACUAAAAACGGGGUUGUUAAACAUUGCGUACAGAUAGAAUGCGACACGAGGGUGCGAUUGACAAGAUCGCACUGUAUAAGGUUAAUAAAAGAAGACGAUGGUACAUACCGGAUAUACUAUUCCACUGAAAAUUCUAAGGAAUAUCAUGAAUACGAACUGCAAUUCUUAGAAGUCGACGAGAAUCUUGUUCCUGCCGUUAGGGAGAUAAUAAAAUGCUAUCCAAGUUUUAUACGUGUGGGUGAUUUGCCGAUUGACUACGAUGACUAUAAGAUCCAAAUAGUGAAAGAUCUUUGGGAGAAAGGUCUUCUCAUAACGGACAUUCCUCGAUGCGAUAUCACGAGAAAAAAAGAUAAAAAGAGCUCAAAAACUAAGAAGAAACUGCUGAACCGAUAAAAGUAGCACAUACAGACCAAAACCCUAUUUUUUUAAUUCAUCUAUUGACUAAAAUACAUCGCGUGUCCGUAGCUUUUUUUGCACGUUCGACAAACAAUACAUAUUUUAGUAUACGCUGUAAUAAAUGUAUAAGAUAAGAUUCGUAUAAGAUAAAGUAUAUCUGAAUCAUUAAGCAAGAUCUUUCCGAUUUGACAUAAGUUUAAAGUUCCUUGUAUGUGUGUGUAUGUAUGCGUAUACGUACGUGCGUAUAUAAUGUACAUACGUAAUGUAAGUUUACUUGUACACCAGCUGAAUGAUGUACGUGUACGCGUGCACGUACAUAUGUAUAUGUAUGACGUGAGUUUUAUUUGUAUUCCAGCUGAAUAGAAAUUUUUACGUUCCGAUUCUGAGCUUGCUGCGUUUCUCCUGCGCGAUAUGAUCUCUUUGCCUGCCCAUUACAUACUCGACGUACUCCAAAUACCCAUCAUUAUUCACGUCAUCUUCUUCCAAUACUCUGUCUAUCAGCUCUGAAACAAUUAAAAAUAAUAUUCUUAUUGCAUUUAUAGCAAAAUAGAUCGGCAAUAUAUAUGUAUAUAUCUUUUCUUCAAUCAAUAUGAUUAUUGUGAUCAUUGAUUUCGUUUCGAUCGUACCUACGAUCCAAGGCAAGUCCUGCAUGUCUUCCUUAUAAUUGUCAUCCUCGGCGAGUCUAUUUUCAUGGAAAGUAUGUUGUAUAGCGUGAAGAAUCUCUAAGCCGUCUAAUUUUGUAUUAUUGUCAACAUCGUGAACUCUGUAAAUUGCGAAAUGUAUUACAAACCAAUCUGAUAUAAUUUGCUGAAAAGGAGAAGGCGACUUUGAUUUUCUCGACAUACUUAAAGUAGUGAAACUCUAUCUCUUGCUCGGUCAUCUUUGAAAAGUCGAGUUGAUCGCCUAAAGGACCCAUGUCUUCCUUUAAGUGUCUAAAAAGUUUGUACACAUUAUUUAUAUAUUAUUAAUACUUAUAUUUUUAUAAAUUUACUUAUUGUCAAUCCAUUAAUUGCUACUCAAUCACUUACGUGGUAUCGUGAAGGAGCUCAGAGUCUUGCGUUAAUUUCACAUCAUUUUGCGGUGUAUAAUGAUGAUGGGACACAGUGCUUUUAGGAUGAUGCGGCCCACGAAUACCAUUUGCGUAUACCACCAACAGGCUAAUCCAUAAACCAAUUAAGGAUAUUUCCCCCAUUAUUAUCUGAAAAGAAUUUUAAUAGUAUCCUGAAGUCCAAAGUAUUAUGUAUUCGUUAUAUCUUAUGUUAGAUAAAUAUAUAAAUUAAAAUGUAUUAUAAAAUAUUUUAUAUAUAAACUGUGUUAGAUAAAAUUA